GCCUCUUUCCCUAGGAUGUUCACUGUGCCCAAGGCCUUGGAAAGGGCUCUUCUGCAGCACUUCGUAUGCAAGAAGCUGGACAUCGCCUAUGCCAUCAACAAGCCAUUCCCCUUCUUCGAAGCCCUCCGAGACAACUCCUUCAUCACUGACAGAGUAUACAAGGAAUCUCUGGAGGCCUGUCAAAAUCUGGUCCCUCUAUCCAAAGUGGUGCACAAUGUCCUCAACAGUCUGGAACGGACUUUCUGCCUAUCGAUGCUGGUGACGCUGUUCAGCCCGGUCAACCUACAUGAAUACCCCAGCCUGUCAGCAAUUUCCAGAAGUUUCAAAAACGUUGUUACUGCCUAUGGAGGGAAUAAGAGACCUGCACAGACUGUACUCAAAGCCUCAACUAACCCAGCAGAAGGAUGCUCCUUCCAGACUCUGCAGCCACUGCCCCCACCCCAACUAUCUUCACCAAGUCAUCUAUCCUCGGCACCAAGAUUCUGUGAGCCCCGAGCAUCCUCACAGCAAAUCAUUGAGAUCCUAGAUGAGCAGUCCAGCCCUUCUCACCCAGCUGUGCCUCCGCCUGGCUUCAUUCAGAAAGGAAAGACCACUCCAGCAUCCUCCAGGGAUCCUCAGAGAAAUGAUAAAGACGACUCCCCAGAGAUGCCCCAGAGUCCCUCAGGCCCCAUGCCAGUGAUCAAAGACAGCUUAACCCCCGAGACUAAGGAAGAAGAAGACUCAGGAGGGCAGCCUCCGGGUUCCCCUGGCACUGUGCAAGUGGUAAAAGACGAUUCUCCAGCACCAAAUGACCAGGAAAUGCCCCAGAAAGCACCCAGCACACCUGCAAACAAGAAAGCAAAGAAAAGGAAAGGAUGCAUCUGGUCAGCUCCCAAAAGAAGAUGUCCAAAAAAAAGACUCCCACAAGGGGUAGCCUCACCUGGACAUGGAGUCCAAAAGAAGCCCAAAGUGGUGGGUCAGAGGAUUCAGAGGAAGGAUGACUCAACCAGGAACUUGGAGAUGGUGACCAGGGCUCAGAAGGCGAGGACUAAACGUGCUCAGACAUCCAGAUCACAGGAGAUCAGCAAUGGGGCUUCAAAAACAAAUGGAAGAAAGAAGCCUCAGAAGAUGCCCAGCAAACCACCAAGAACCACACAAGGAAAGCCCAAGGAUGACACUGAAGAUUUUCUCUCUCCUACACUUCCCGUGACCUGUGGUAAGGCCAAAGGGAUUUUGUUCAAGGAGAAAAUGAAACAAGGAACCUCAGAAAAAUGCAUUCAGAAUGAGGCAGGGGAUUGGUUCACUCCAAAGGAAUUUUUAAUUGAAGGAGAGAGGGCCAAGUCAAAAGACUGGAAGAAGACUAUACGGUGCAAGGCAAAGACAUUAAGAUUCCUGGAGAAGGACGUCCUCUUGUUCAUCCAGAUCGCUGCUGUACUGAGCACAGAACAGUGGGAGACAGGAGCCGAAGUUCCUAGCUGUGGCUCUCUGGGUUAG